CUGAGUAACCUAACUGAUGCGCCCAGAAAACAACGGCCAGGAGACUGGAGGAGAGCACUGUGAAUACUAAGCUGGACUUAUUGUAUGUCGGUGGCUCAAUUUACAAGUUUUUGUGCAUCGGAGGCCUGAAUAUAAUUCAUGAUGCAGUUCAUGCUGCUGUUCAGCCGACAGGGCAAGUUGAGACUGCAGAAGUGGUACGUGCCGCUGUCAGACAAAGAGAAGAAGAAGAUAACCCGGGAGCUGGUGCAGACCGUGCUGGCCCGCAAACCCAAGAUGUGCUGCUUCCUGGAGUGGCGAGACCUCAAGAUUGUCUACAAAAGAUACGCUAGUUUGUAUUUCUGCUGUGCCAUAGAGGAUCAAGACAACGAGCUCAUCACCCUGGAGAUCAUCCACCGAUACGUGGAGCUGUUGGAUAAGUACUUUGGCAGCGUCUGCGAAUUGGACAUCAUCUUCAACUUUGAGAAGGCCUACUUCAUCCUGGACGAGUUCCUGCUGGGUGGCGAGGCACAGGAGACCUCCAAGAAGAACGUGCUGAAGGCCAUCGAGCAGGCCGACCUGCUGCAGGAGAGCCAGACUGAAGACUGGGGAGGUUUGGCCACAGAGGAGAUCUUAUAACAGGGCGAAGGCCGAGACCUGCCCCGUCAUGAGUACUUUAACGUGCCUGUGUACUAAGCGGCUGACGUCGCUCCCACCACCCGUCCUGCAUGCUGAGCCCCCCCACCCCCGGUGCCUGGCUGCUCCUCCUCUCUCCUCCACCUGCUGUUCUGGGUUCCGGGUGUCCCCCAUGGUUCCGUCACUCCAUCCAUCCUGCUGUCCUCCUCAUCUCACACGUUCCACUCAUCACCACACCUCUCCUGUGACCCUCACCCCCCGUCGUGCAAACGGGGUGCCUGCCAUCUCAUUUAACUUUUUGUCUUUGUCCCAGAGCAGCACACUUGCUCACGUCUGAGACUGUGACAUUGUUAUGGACUGGGUUCCUGCUGACGGGGAUGAUCGCAGGCCUCCUGAUCACUGACCCCCACGCUGCACUGACACAGAGCUGCGGCUUCGGUUGUGAGGCUGGUUACUAAGACUGACCUGUUUGUAUCUGUUUCUGUGUAUGGUCUGCUGGCUUUUUCUGCGUAAUGAUACUGUUACCCAAAGACAUCAUUCUGUUUCCAAGCCCCUGGUGUGUCUUUCCUGAAAUCAUUAUGUGAGAAUAGGAAAUGACCCUGUGAUGAGUUCUACAGUGAUGGGUUUCCUUUGUAUGGAGAAUAUUUACAGAGAAAAAGCUGCCCCUGUGUCUCACUGGUACCCAGUAGAGAUGUUUAAAGAAUUUAAAGCGACAUUGUGAGAACUGAUUUGAAAUGCAUGCCCUUUUCCCCAUGAUUCAGCAUUUUCCAGCAUUUUAAUAACUUGCAUACAGUAAUUUUAGCUUAUCGGUCUCUAAAGACUGGGUUUGGAAGGUAAGAUUAAUCGCUUCGCGUACAAAACAAGGAUAAAUGCUCCUAGAAAGCUGCUUGCUGCUGGACCGUCUGCCUGCAGGUAAUUCGGAGAACCUUAAGCUACUUUAAAGCCACUCUAUCGUAUCGCUAAUACAUUGGCAAAUACGGUCUGUUGUGACACUGCAAUGGCGCAUCUACACUUUCCUCACAGUCACACUAACAUGAAAAUGUGCCGUCUGCCCCCCGGUUGUCGUGACGGCAGAUGAUGAGGCCGUUGAGCUGGAACUGCGACCCACCAGCCUCAGGCCCAGCAUGUGUGGAAACGGUCCCUUUCAGGGCCCGCAUUUAACCUGCGGUACUGCAGCCCAGCACCCACCUUUAGAAGACGUGAUUGAAUUGUCAUUUGUAUCUCCAUCCAGCCUCGUGGCUGCGGCUGAGCGGAAGUAAUGCGAGGCAGCGGAAAGUUACCUAAAGUAAUAAUGGAAUCAGUGAUGAGCAUUCUGACAAACGCCGAGGUCUGAGGCUCAAACGUAUUGCAGAGUAGGAGCAAGGAGAAGAGUCAUUAAAUGUCUAAUCCCAGAUAGCACUCUCCUGUACAGUAUUUUGCGUAUAACCGCAGUUAUUUUAUAGUGUUACAUUGAUUUAUGUAAUUAAAUAUAAUGAAAGAAAAAA